AACUGAGAUUGGAACCCCCGCGUCAUCGCGCCGAGCGUCGGAAAAUCAAGCUCUCCCCCGCAUUGUCUCCAACACUCUCCGUUGCAGUCGACACUGCUCCAAGAUCGUUCCUCCACGCCAGGCUACCUUUCCAAGAUGCUGUUAGGGCUUCCAGAAAACCUGUCCACUCUGGUGGGCAGACGAUUCACAGCUGCGAAAGAAUCCAACCACAUUGUGUUUUCAAAGACGCAGCUAACAACACUUCAUGCAUCUGGCAUUCCGUAUCAAUUACGCUACUGUCCUGCACUAGCAAAGAAGCAGAACCAAGCUCCCAAAGUCGACGAAAAGAAGGGCCCCAGACCAGAUCCGUUCGAGAACCCCUCGCCCGACCUUCUCAUCGCAGAGGUACCACAGGAGCAACCACGCUACGCCCUCGUUCUGAACAAAUUUCCCGUCAUCGCGAACCACUUCAUCCUCGCGACAAAAGCCUGGAAGUCCCAGACGGAUAUCCUCGAAAAGGAGGACAUUGAAGCGACCUAUGCGUGUCUGCAGAGUUGGGAUGAGACAACAACAACAGAUGGAGUUCGAGAUCGAGGCCAAGGUCUCGAUGCUGCUAAGAGGCUGUUUGCCUUCUAUAACUCUGGAGAGGAGAGUGGGGCUAGUCAGCCUCAUAGGCAUAUACAGUUCCUGCCUGUCGAGGCGAUGCGCGAGUCUGAAUCUGAUGCGUGGAGGCCGCUCGUGGAUCACUUCGCGACCGAGAAGGUGACCAAGACUGGAGCUGGAUUGCUCGUGUUGCCGCAGCUGCCUUUUGUACAUUUCGCUAGGGAUAUCCCGUCGAAUCCUUCUGCGGAUGUUCUUCACGAGAUCUAUCUUUCGUUGUAUAAAGCAGCGGUGACUGCUGCACGGGGUGCUUCUUCGGAAGACUCGUCACGAACGGAGGGUCCCGCGGCCGUCAGCUACAACCUUGCCAUGACCUUAUCCACAAUGAUUAUCUGCCCUCGACGGAGGGAAAAGGCCCAAUUGACCAUCAACCCGCAGCACGCGGCUGAUGUGCACCAGGCGGGUACUCUGUCGUUGAACGGAACAAUCCUUGCGGGUACACUGAUGGUCAAGGCUGAGGCUGAAUGGAACGAACUGCGCAAGAACCCAGAGAACUUGAACGCUGUUCUUGCCGAAAUUUCUUACCCCAGGUCUGAUGGUACAGAUCGCUCUUCAUGACCGGCUGUGAGCCUCUCUGCCUUCACGACACAGCUACGACAUUAUGUGCAUUUGAACUUUAUCGCAUUAUUGAUCUUUCCCAUUCUGCAUGCCGAUGUCUAUGGCAGUUCUAGCAAACGACUAUCCAAUACCAAUGUACAGUGGAAGCUCCUAAAUAAAUCUAUAUUAUAUGUCCCCUUGACGAUGUAUGCACAAAAAGGAAACAAAUAGGAAAAGGAAUUAUCAAUCACAGGCGUGUCA